GACAUCCCUGACGGCCAUAGAACGUUCGAAAGGGAAAGGGAUGGACAGAUGGCAUCCCGAUCAUGAGGACUACAUCUCUGCCCUGAAAGAUGUAGAUGAGGAUGAGCGAACUCGUUGUCUAGGGGAGAUGAGGAGUGCCUCUUACAAGAGAGCAUUCCUCAUCUCCUUAAAACAGCGCUAUCCUGAUGGCCAAGGCAUCGCUUUGAAGCUGUCAAAACAGCUGUCGUCCGCAAACAAGAAGCUCACCAAAGCCAUCCAGGCUUACAACAACAUUCAGUCACUGUGGGAGCCACAAAGUGGACAGUACCCUGCAACUGUGUCCUUUGAAGUGGCUUGUGAUACAUCAUGGGACACCUACCAGACGCUACAUGCAUCCAUGGGUGAGCCGGGUCUUCCCUACAGCAUCAAGCGUAAAGCUAUUGAUGCUGUCAGCCUCAAGGAGAGAGCUGUUGAGGAGCAAGAAAUGGUGAAGACUGAGAUGGAGCGUGUCAUGCAGCAUCUUCAUACUCAGCAUGGCAUUACCCUGCAGGAAAUUCACAGAUGUCAGGAAAGCGACAAUAUCUCAGGACAAGCAGUGCUAACUCAACACAUCAUUAGAAUAGAGCUCAGGAUGUAUAGGUCCUUCCACCGCUUCAAACAACACAUUCCGGCUCUCCCUGCUCCCCCUUCAAGUCAUAUACAGUACAUACUACCUUCUCACAUGUCAGAUUCAGAUGGCUCAUCAUAUGAUGAUGUGAGUGAUGAUGAUUAUGUUUUGGAAGUAUCCAGUGAUGAAGAGGAAGAAGACUCUAAUGAUGAUACAAAUGAGGUCCUGUGAGGCCGAAGAAACAAAUAUAGAAUUUCUGAUUGCUGUUUUGGAAAGAAUAGGGAACAUGGGAAUUCUCUCUCCUUUUUUUACUUCAGAUUUCAGUUGAAAGUAUGUGAUCUAACAUGUACGAGGGGUUAUUAAUAAGUCCUCUGCCUCACCCAGAAAUAAUUAGCACAACUAAGAUUUCGAAGCACAACUUCAUAGUAUGAAGCCUUUCAGCAAUAUCCUCCAAAUUUCAAAUCAUUUCAGUCAGUACUUUCCAGGCAUUCAUGUUUUGUUUUUUUUUAAAUUAGAAGGUAAGUGGCGGGAAAAACAUGGAUGAAUUGUGGUCGGACGUGUGGGUCAUCCCCAUGUCUUGAAUUAUUUGUCAUUAACAAAAUGUUAGAUAAUGAUUCUCUUCUAUUUCAAGCAGA